GAUGUAUAUAUAAAUGGAUGAAUGGAUAUGUAUUUUUGAGAUCUAAUGGAAAUUUCUGACCUCAUCUUGGAGCAAGAGUGAUAAAUACUGUUUUUCUGGAGCAGAGUGAAAGCAGGAAGAGGUGCUAAGUGAUGGGUAGGGGAGAAGGGAACAAAUGAGUGUCCAUCUCUUAACCUUCAAUAGUAGAGUCACAAGAUAGACAGGUUGCCUCUGGUCUUGGCUGAGUAGUCUUAAUGGGAAAUCAACUCCUCAAACGGGUGCAUAUAUGAGAAUGUGUGUGUCAGGUGAAGUGGACAUGGAGAAUCCAAGGAGGAUGUCAUGGGUCAGUUUGUAAAGUGGAAUAGGAUUCAGGAAUUUAGCCUAUUUCCUCUCUACUAAUUAAAAAAAAAAAAAUCUUUUCUAAAAGACCAUGUGUAGUUUAUUUUUUUUUCCCCUAAGAAUUGGACUAGAUGUGGUUCUGUUUAAGCAUUUAAUGUUCUGGUUUGAUUUUAGGAGUAUUUGUGUCAGAAUAAGUAUCCAGUGAUGUCCAAAAUUCUUAACAUCUAUCCUUCAAUUUCAUGUUGCCUGUUCAGGACGUACUGGGAAUGGAUCGAACACAGGAGCCAUUAGAGCUCCCGUAACUGCCUGCUAGCUGGAACUUAGUAGGAAGUAGUGUUGGAGAAUAAAUACUUGACCAGAAGUUAGAACAUUCUCUUAUCAAACUAACUCUUUUAACAAAGUCAGGUGUUUCAGGUCCUGGAGUUCCAAUUUUAAGGCAGUAUUAGGGAGCACUAGGAUAAAAGGCAGAAAGAGACAAGAGACUGCAAAAGGCCUUAAGAAAAAUGAGUACAGCCUCUCUCCUUUUUUUAGAGAUAAGCAAACAAUAAGCCAGACAGGUGAGGUUCCUCAUUCCUGGAGAAGGGUGAACUCUGAAAGAAGCCUGCCUUGCCAGGACUCAGCAGUGGCGACUUUGGCUGCUUACCAGGAAUCAUCUCUGUAUCUGUGAGACUUGGGAGCUAGAGAAUUGAACUCGUUUUUGAUAUUUCUUGAUUUAAGCAAAUCCAGGGGAAAAAUUCAUUGUUAUAGAAAUAAGGGCUUUUACCUUUAUUAAAGGGUUUAUCACAAAUAUGUGUAUAAAUAACUUAUAUACAACUUCAAAAAUGUAUUGAUUGCAUAAGACCUAAAAGGAGUACUUAUACUAUAGUAUACUGUUGUUCAUUAUAAAGUACCCGUAAUGAGACUUAUUCUUGUCUUUAGCAAGUCUUUCAUUUCUCUGUGCCUUAGGGUAGGUUUUGUUGUUUAAUUUUCUUGACCCCCAUACUGUAUUGAGCAUUGUGCUCAGUAAGCAUUUCUUCUUUUAUCAGAACCACCUUAUGAGAAAAGCAGAUUUUAGAGUUGAGGAAUCUGAGGCUUAGAGUGAGUAAGUAAUUUGCCCAAAGGUUAUGGCUAGUGAUGGAGCUUAAUUUGAACCCAGGUUUCACUAGAGCUCAAACUUUUAGCCCAAAUAUAUGCUGCAUUCUUUGUGAAAUAAGGGGGUAGGGACAGAUGUGUUCUUUCAAAGGAGUGUUAUUCUCAGAAUAGUUCCUAUGUUGAGAUGCUGUUAUCACUUAAAAUACGUUGUGAAUUUUAGAACUUUCAUAAUCUGUUUCAAAUCAUGCAUAAUCAGCUAAUGGCAGUUAUUUGUCCUCUAACAGAGUUCUGGAAAGAAUUUUAAAAGUCAUUUGGAAUUUACGAUGGAGAAUAAAGUGGGAUGAUCAAGGGUAUGACACAAGCAGCAAUGACAUUGAGUUCCUGGGAGACACACAAAAUGCAUGCGAGCUGCCUAUCCCCACCGUUUGAAUCUCUUUUACCUUGCCAACGAUGUCAUACAGAACUGCAAAAGGAAAAACGCCAUCGUAUUUCGUGAAUCGUUUGCUGAUGUGCUUCCUGAAGCAGCUGCUCUAGUGAAGGAUCCAUCUGUCUCUAAGUCUAUAGAACGAAUCUUUAAAAUCUGGGAAGAUAGAAAUGUAUACCCAGAAGAAAUGAUUAUGGCAUUAAGAGAAGCUUUGAGUACCACUUUCAAAACUCAGAAGCAGCUGAAAGAAAAUCUGAACAAACAACCGAAUAAGCAGUGGAAGAAAUCACAAACAUCCACGAAUCCAAAAGCUGCUCUCAAGUCUAAGAUAGUUGCUGAAUUUCGAUCUCAGGCCCUCAUUGAAGAGCUGUUGCUGUACAAGCGCUCAGAAGAUCAAAUAGAAUUGAAGGAAAAACAGCUGUCAACAAUGAGGGUAGAUGUGUGUAGCACAGAAACCCUCAAAUGCUUAAAAGAUAAGACAGGUGGGAAGAAGUUCUCCAAAGAAUUUGAAGAAGCAAGCUCCAAGCUGGAGGAAUUUGUGAAUGGAUUAGAUAAGCAGGUGAAAAAUGGACCCUCACUAACAGAAGCACUGGAAAAUGCGGGAAUAUUUUACGAAGCACAGUACAAAGAAGUAAAAGUGGUGGCCAAUGCAUACAAAACCUUCGCCAAUCGAGUGAACAAUUUAAAGAAAAAGCUGGAUCAGUUGAAGUCAACUCUUCCAGAUCCUGAAGAAUCACCAGUCCCUUCCCCAAGCAUGGAUGCUCCCUCCCCGACUGGUUCUGAGUCUCCUUUUCAGGGAAUGGGAGGUGAGGAAUCCCAGUCACCAACUGUGGAGAGUGAGAAAUCUGCAACACCUGAGCCUGCAACAGAUAAUCGUGAUGUGGAAGACAUGGAACUCUCAGAUGUGGAAGAUGAUGGGUCAAAAAUCAUUGUAGAGGACAGGAAGGAAAAACCUAUGGAGAAGUCUGCUGUAUCCACUUCUGUACCUACAAAGCCAACAGAAAGUAUCUCAAAGGCCUCUUCGUGUACCCCAGUGCCUGUGACCAUGACAGCAACUCCACCUCUUCCAAAGCCUGUGAAUACUUCUCUUCUUUCCCCUUCCCCAGCAUUGGCUUUGCCAAACCUGGCUAAUGUGGAUCUGGCAAAGAUCAGUUCCAUCCUCAGCAGCCUGACAUCAGUCAUGAAAAAUACUGGGGUCAGUCCUGCAUCAAGACCUUCUCCAGGAACUCCUACAAGUCCCAGCAACCUCACCAGUGGCCUGAAAACACCCGCACCUGCCACGACCACAUCUCACAACCCUCUGGCAAACAUCCUCUCGAAGGUGGAGAUCACCCCAGAGAGCAUUCUGUCUGCUCUUUCCAAAACCCAGACGCAGUCGGCCCCUGCACUGCAAGGCCUGUCAUCUUUACUUCAGAGCGUUACUGGGAACCCAGUUCCAGCCUGUGAAGCUACAUCCCAGAUUACUUCAGCUUCCCCUGCCAGUACCACAGUCUCUAGCAUAAAAGGAAGAAAUCUGCCCUCCAAUACCCAAUCCUUUAUUCCCAAAAGCUUCAACUAUUCUCCUAAUUCAUCAACUUCUGAAGUGUCUUCAACUUCAGCCAGCAAGGCCUCAAUUGGGCAAAGCCCAGGGCUCCCAAGCACUACUUUCAAGCUCCCAUCCAACUCUCUGGGGUUUUCAGGUACUCACAAUACUAGCCCUGCUGUCCCACCUACUGAAGUUGCCAUGUGCCAAUCUUCAGAGAUCUCCAAACCAAAGCUGGAGUCCGAGUCCACCUCCCCAAGCCUGGAAAUGAAGAUCCACAACUUCUUAAAAGGUAAUCCUGGUUUCAGUGGCUUAAAUUUAAACAUCCCAAUCUUGAGCAGUUUGGGGUCCAGUGCCCCAGCAGAAAACCAUCCCUCAGACUUCCAGCGUGGCCCUACUAGCACGUCAGUCGACAACAUUGAUGGAACCCCUGUGCGUGAUGAACGGAGUGGGACACCCACCCAGGAUGAGAUGAUGGACAAGCCCACAUCCAGCAGUGUAGAUACCAUGUCCCUGCUUUCUAAGAUUAUUAGCCCUGGUUCCUCAACACCCAGCAGUACAAGAUCACCACCCCCUGGGAGAGAGGAAAGCUACCCCCGGGAGCUCUCCAGUUCUGCAUCUACAUAUCGACCCUUUGGCCUGGGGAGUGAAUCACCCUAUAAGCAGCCUUCUGAUGGAAUGGAGAGACCAUCUUCCCUGAUGGACUCUUCACAGGAAAAGUUCUAUCCAGAUACUUCUUUCCAGGAAGAUGAGGAUUACCGAGAUUUUGAGUAUUCAGGGCCUCCACCCUCUGCCAUGAUGAACCUAGAGAAGAAACCAGCCAAGUCUAUCCUGAAAUCAAGCAAGCUUUCUGAUACCACCGAGUACCAGCCAAUCCUGUCCAGUUAUAGCCACAGGGCCCAAGAAUUUGGGGUAAAGUCUGCCUUCCCUCUAUCUGUAAGGGCCCUCUUGGACUCUAGUGAGAACUGUGACCGUCUCUCAUCUUCCCCUGGGCUAUUUGGUGCCUUCAACAUAAGAGGGAAUGAACCUGGGUCUGACCGGUCACCAUCACCGAGUAAGAAUGAUUCAUUUUUCACCCCUGACUCCAACCACAAUAGCUUGUCUCAAUCUACCACUGGGCAUCUCAGUUUGCCACAGAAGCAGUACCCAGACUCUCCUCACCCAGUUCCACAUCGUUCCCUUUUCUCUCCGCAGAAUACCCUUGCCGCUCCCACGGGCCACCCACCCACAUCAGGCGUGGAGAAAGUCCUGGCCUCCACCAUUUCCACCACAUCGACGAUUGAGUUUAAGAAUAUGCUUAAAAACGCCUCACGAAAGCCCUCAGAUGAUAAGCAUUUUGGCCAGACUCCCAGCAAGGGCACUUCAAGUGAUGGUGUCAGUCUCUCAAACCUCGCCCAGCCCAGCUUGACCACCACUGAUCAGCAGCAGCAAGAAGAGCACUACCGCAUAGAAACCCGAGUCUCCUCUUCCUGCUUAGACUUGCCUGAUAGUACGGAAGAAAAAGGGGCCCCUAUAGAAACCUUGGGUUAUCAUAACGCAUCCAAUAGGAGGAUGUCAGGGGAGCCAAUACAGACCGUAGAGUCCAUCCGAGUUCCUGGGAAGGGAAAUAGAGGACAUGGGCGUGAGGCUUCAAGGGUGGGUUGGUUUGAUCUGAGCACCUCGGGCAGCUCUUUUGACAAUGGCCCCUCAAGUGCCUCUGAGUUGGCAUCCCUUGGGGGUGGGGGCAGCGGAGGCCUCACUGGCUUUAAAACAGCACCAUACAAGGAACGGGCACCCCAGUUUCAGGAAAGUGUCGGCAGCUUUCGUUCCAACAGUUUCAACUCAACAUUUGAGCAUCAUCUCCCCCCGUCCCCCUUGGAACAUGGGACACCCUUCCAGAGAGAGCCAGUGGGGCCAUCAUCUGCCCCACCUGCCCCUGCUAAGGAUCAUGGUGGUAUCUUCUCUCGAGAUGCACCCACUCAUCUACCCUCUGUGGAUCUUUCGAACCCCUUCACAAAGGAGGCAGCCCUGGCCCAUGCUGCCCCACCCCCUCCUCCUGGAGAGCACAGCGGAGUUCCUUUCCCCACUCCACCCCCUCCUCCACCCCCUGGGGAACAUAGCAGCAGUGGUGGGAGUGGUGUCCCCUUUUCUACUCCACCUCCUCCUCCACCCCCUGUUGACCACGCUGGGGUUGUACCCUUCCCAACCCCACCACUGGCAGAGCACGGAGUGGCAGGGUCCAUGGCAGUAUUUUCCAAGGACCGUAGUUCUCUCCUUCAAGGGACCCUGGCUGAGCAUUUUGGGGUGCUCGCAGGACCCAGGGACCAUGGGGGCCCUACUCAACGGGACCUCAACGGCCCUGGCCUUAGCCAUGUACGCGAGAGCCUGAGCCUACCCUCCCACUCUCUGGAGCACCUGGGCCCAGCUCAUGGAGGAGGAGGUGGGGGAGGCAGCAACAGCAGCAGUGGCCCCCCCUUGGGUCCCUCACACAGAGACGCCAUCAACCGGAGUGGUAUGAUUUUGCGGAAUCCCCGGCCAGACUUUCGGCCUAGGGAACCUUUUCUCAGCAGAGACCCGUUCCACAGUUUAAAGAGACCCAGGCCACCUUUUGCUAGGGGCCCUCCGUUCUUUGCACCAAAACGCCCAUUCUUCCCUCCCAGGUACUGAUGGAAACCAAGGGAAAGGCAUUCUGAACAGUCUAGAGAGCAUUGGAAGUAGGAGUUUGGUUUAUUAUUGUUGUUGUUUAUAUUUGUUUUCCCUCCUUUGACUUAUUUUCUUUUUAUUAUGACAAAGGGUCUCCCUUCCAAAUUAAAAAGUCAUAUAUGCUUACAUUUCACUAUUCCAUCCAGUCCUUCCUCCCACUGCAACUUACCUACCCUUCCCAAGUUGUUUGUAUUUUACAGGGGAGGGGGCAAAGAAACACAACCAAAGCCACUUCAUUUGGCUGGGGGUUUGAGGGGCGGGGAGGAAAACAAAUCUUAUUUCACCCCAUCUAUUGAAGAGUAUUAUUACAUUUGAAAUAAAACUUCCAUCAGUACAGAUAAUAACACGUGCAAUGUUGGGAUGUUAUUUUGGGCUUGGCUUAUCAAGUAGUCAAUGGAAAGAUUCCUGUCCCCUUCUCCAGCUAAGUAACUGCUGUAACCAGCUUGGCUCCCUUCCCUGUAUGCUCUCUGCCCUGCUAACAGCCAAGAGAUGUUGCAAGGGAGGAAAUGUGGGAGACCUUGGACCUGUCAAGUUUGUUUGUUUUUGUUUUGUUUUUAUUUUUAAAGGCAUGUCGAAGUUGAGUUCUUUACCUUUCUCCUGAAAUCUUAAUUUUAUUUUUAAUCACCCUCUUCUAAAGUACUAUCAGGCAGUAACUUUGGGGAGAUAAAAACCUCAUUGUAUCGUAGCAAAAAUUUUCCUCUUUAUCCUUGGAAUGAAAGAGAGGUGACUGGGUAUAAUUUCAAGGUUAAAAUAAGGAGUAAGUACAAAAUGGAGUUAGAGAAAGGAACCAUUAAUGGUGUGAUAUGACCUGCCCUUCCUUCAUAAACCAGAGAGAAUAAAGGGGAAACGUUUUCAAGGUAGUUUCACACGUCUUGCACCAAGCUCUUGCUUCCUGCUUUUCUUCUUGACUGACUUUUUCUCCCUCAGUUUUCACUUCUACUUUGACCAGAAAGAAAGUCACUACAGUUGACAGUUGCUACAAGGGGGCAACUGGAAUAUUAUCCCUGUAUUUUUCAUAGCAGUAGACAUUUUUACCGUGGUGCCUCCCUAAUGGGAGUGAGGUUUGGGGGCGGUCUUCAGCAAGGGUUAACUACCAGGGGAAGGCAAUUACUUGUCUUCAUCUUCCUUUUCCCCUUGCCUGGUCCCAUCUGCACCUCUGUUGUUGGUAUUUCAGAGGAGGAGGUUCAAUAGCAUUUUCUUUAUAUUAUACCUCUCUAGAUAUGUCUUAGUGACAAGUGGGUAUUACCAUACAUAUCUCUACAGAGAAACAGGAAGACCUGAUAAAUCCAAACUUACCCCACUCUACAGAUAGCCUGUCCCAUUUCAAGGCUCAAGCCUUAUUUUCACCUCCCACUCCCAAUAGGAAAUAAGGUUUCUACCCUUAGUCAUUUUACAUGAGAAAGAAGUGCUUUUCUUCUCCCUGAACUGAAAGACUUCUUGUUUGUAUUUCUACAACUAGUACUGGGAAAAAGACAAUCACUGCACUUUGCGUGUUUAUAUCUUUCUAUCUAGGGACACUGAAAAGCAAAUGUUACUUUACUACAUUUUUUAUUUAGUGUCUUGCCCUAAGGUACACACUGGUAAUCCCCAGCUAGAUGAGUAAAACGAUACGUGUUGAGUUGAGUGUUUUAGGGAAUCUCGGCAAGUUUCCUCUGUUCUUCCAAGUUAGUGUAGAACUAACUCUAGGAAGUACGGGGAUUACUAUUGUAGAGCGGACAAUGUAGUGACGAAGAUGAUUGUCUCCGAAUAAACUUGCUUUGCAGAUACAAAACAGCUUAAACCAGUGUGUGUCAUAGUUUGGGAGUUUUUUGUAAUUUAUUCCAUGUUAUUUAUUUGGGCUCGCCAUGUGUUCUGUGGUUAGGAUGCUGCAAGUUAUUCAUCUUCCUAAUGCAUUUCUGGUCUUAAGCCAACUGUUCUUUCUUUGACCCUCUCAAGCGUCUCUGUCCUGUAGUUCUCCCCACGAAAAUGCAUGAUACCAUGACCUUGUAUGUGGGAUGGGGGUAUAUAGUGUAGCAAAGCCAAGAAACAAUAUAGUUAUAUUGAGUCCUAAGACAUUUGUUUAGGGAAAAGUGUGAGAGAGUGAGGGUGGGGGGAGGGGGAGGGAGAGUUCUAUUUGACUUAAAACUGAAAUUGAUUUUUUUUUUGCAGAAAUUAAGUGGGAUGUUUUUCAUUCUAGAAUAAAAGAAUGUGAAUUCUUUCUGCUGCUCUUGUUUAAGCUAAGUAGUGUUUACUUGAAAAGGCUCUCUGACCAUUUGAUUUUAUGAGAAAAUGUAGGGAUGUCAGGAAAGUGGCUUCCUGAAUGUUGGGGUAGGGUAAUUGCCCUCAAAAGCAUGAUGGCUAAUACGCGAAGGAAAGACCUUGUUGUACAGUUUAUAAGAUGGACUUUUAAGGGUUGGUUUUUUUGUGGGGUGUUUUGUUUUUUAAGCCACAGAAUCCUCAAUGCGUUUGUUGCAGGCUGAAAAUGAGGAUUUGUAUGUGACUGUCAGCUGUUAACUUUAAGGAAAUCUGUCUACAGCAGUAAAUGAAGAUGACAAUGUAUAUAUGUGAUAUAGUGAAACAAAAAAACAAUUCUGAUAUUCAUAACAUUGAAACAAAGGGGUUUUAUUCUUUCUGUGUCUGUGAUUUAAAACUCCAUGCCCAUGCUCUGACUUUUGUAUUUCAACCUGAGUUUAAAAAAAUAAACAAGAUAUUUUUUAAAGAAAGCAUAACAUAGUGUGUCUUGGCAAGGACAUGAUUCAUAUGAAAGCAAAAUAAUGUGAAGUUGUUACUAAGGACCUUGGUGCUCACUGUAAAAUCACAGACAGAGAAUUGGUGGGAGUCGUGAAUACACUGGUACCACUUACAACUCAGUGACACAGUAUCAGAAAUUGAGUCCUUCAGUAUUUUGUAAGAGUUCACUUUCAGUCAAGCGUAGAUGAGAGCUCUCUCCCUGCACCCCUCUGCCCUCCCAACGGCUGAGAGUAAAUAGAACUUGGUUUGAUUCCAGGGAGGGUAAAAUGAUCAGAGAGUAGGACUUUUAUCCUUUCCGAUCCCAGGAAUACAAUGUUUGUGGUAUAUAUGGUACAGCAAACCUGUUUA